GAGUAUAAUUUAAAAAGAAAAGGAAAUCGGAGAGAAAAUAUUAAAUAAAUGGUUUAUCACAGUUCGAUUUAAGGGAAAAAUAAAUUCGGGAGAAUUUUUUGUCCACACAAAACAAUUUAGUAACCGCUAAUAAAAUUUAAUAAAUAAAAUAGAUAACAUGGCGUCUACAAUGCAACUGGAAUUUUCUCAGGCCAUGUCUGAUUUUAAAACUAUGUUUCCGGAUAUGGAUCGCGAUGUUAUAGAAGCUGUGCUUAGAGCAAACCAAGGGGCAGUUGAUGCCACUAUUGAUCAAUUGCUGCAAAUGUCUACAGAUAAUCAGAACGAAAAGUUACGGAAUGAAUUGGAUGCCAAUAUAUCACCACAAAGAAGUCUAAUUAAUUUAAGCGAUCCUGAGGGUGAAGUCAAUGCCAAACAACCGGCUACAGGUCAACUUGUAGAUGUUUCCGAUGAAAUAGACGCACGUACGGAAAAACCAAUACCAGCUGCUGCAGCGGCAAAUGCAGUGUUAUUAAAUCUCAAUUGUAGUAUAACGGGUUCCGGUUCGCCCAAUCAUAGUACAGGAGCUUCACCUAAAAUACGACCACCUCAAACUCAAAAUAAGUCUUCGCAAGGCAGCACACCCAAGAAAACUGUCCGCAAUCAUAUAGCAAUAAAUACAACUAGCAAGCGUUGGAAUCCGCCCAUGUUGUUACCUCUGCCUGCAAAUUUUCUGCGUAUUACGCCAGUAAAUACGGCACCAAAUACCAUCGCAUUGCCCUAUGAUGCUGCAAGAGAAUUCGAUUUACCUGACGAGCAAUUCGCUAUGAUGCUCCAAAAUGAAGAAUUCAUGAAUCAAUUGCGUUGGAAUCAAGAGUUUAUGAAUGCUUUGGACAAAGAACAAUGCGGCAAAGGCAAAACCGAAGAUGACGCCGCAUUUAAGGAGCGUUUGAAACAUAUGGGCAAAGUAUCACGUAAAAAAUUUUUACAAAUGGCGCGAGUCUUCACUUGGCAACGUAACAAAAAGGUAACAACAGCUAAGCAAAUUGACAGUUUACCGUUAAAAGAGGAGCCAAGCGAUGACGAAGAGCAUCAUCAUCAUCAUCCACACCAUCAGCAUCAUAAUCAGCAACAGCAUAAUGCGGAACAAACACAAUUAACAAAUUCACAGCAACAACGCAAGUAAGUGAACUAUUUAAAAUUAUAAAAAAAUAAAGAUCUGAGUGUACGGAGGAGCAGUAAUAAAUAAGAUAUACAUCAACUUUUUGUUUUUUGGUUUUUUUUUUUUUUUUUU